UGAUCAGCAUCCAACUACAAAGUCCCAAAGUUUGGUACCCACAUUAACUUACCUCCCAACUACCUUUCCUUACUACUCUUAACUCCUUCACCAUAAAUAAAUACUUCUUCACAUUUUUCAUUCCAAUAACACUUAUCUCCAAAAAAACACACAAAAAGAAAACCAUCCCACAUCUCCAAUUUUUAUUUUUAUUUUUUUAACCAUGGAUGAAGAACAACAUCUUCUAUCAACCGAGAUUGUGAAUCGAGGGAUUUCUUCGACGGGUCCGGAUGCCGGUUCGCAAACGUUUUCGGUGCGGGUCCGGAGACGAUUGCCGGAUUUUGUUCAGUCAGUGAACUUAAAGUACGUGAAGUUAGGGUACCAUUACCUGCUGACUCAUGGGAUUUAUUUAGCAACGGUGCCACUUUUGGUGCUUGUAUUUAGCGCUGAAGUCGGAAGUCUGAGUCGGGAAGAGAUAUGGAGGAAGCUGUGGGAUAGUACCGCGAGAUAUGAUCUCGCAACGGUGGUUGCUUUCCUUGGAGUGCUUGUUUUUACGCUUUCGGUUUAUUUCAUGUCUCGCCCUCGUCCCAUUUACCUCCUUGAUUUUGCUUGUUACAAGCCUAGUGAUGAUCUCCAGGUGACAAAGGAGCAAUUUAUUGAGAUGGCAAGAAACUCAGGGAAAUUCGACGAGGCAAGUCUUGAAUUCCAGAAAAGAAUAGUGGAAUCAUCCGGGAUCGGAGACCAAACCUACGUCCCAAAAUCCAUAAUGUCCUCAGAAAACACAGCAACCAUGAAAGAAGGACGCGCCGAGGCAUCAACUGUAAUGUUUGGGGCACUAGACGAAUUAUUCGAAAAAACGAGGAUCCGCCCUAAGGAUGUCGGGGUCCUGGUUGUCAAUUGCAGUAUUUUCAAUCCGACCCCUUCACUUUCGGCAAUGAUCAUAAACAAGUACAAAAUGAGGGGCAACAUUUUGAGUUUCAACCUUGGGGGAAUGGGCUGUAGUGCUGGAAUUAUAGCAUUGGAUUUGGCUAGGGAUAUGUUGCAAGCAAACCCUAAUAGCUUUGCUAUUGUUGUUAGCACUGAAAUGGUUGGUUUCAAUUGGUACCCUGGAAAAGACAGGUCAAUGCUGAUUCCGAAUUGCUUCUUCCGGAUGGGUUGCUCCGCCGUGUUGUUGUCGAAUCGCCGCCGUGAUUAUGCUCGUGCCAAAUAUAGGUUGGAACAUAUUGUGAGGACUCAUAAAGGUGCUGAUGAUCGCAGUUUCAGGAGUAUAUAUCAAGAGGAAGACGAGCAACGAUUCAAGGGAUUGAAAAUCAGCAAAGAUUUGGUGGAAAUAGGAGGGGAUGCACUCAAGACUAACAUCACCACACUUGGUCCACUUGUGCUACCAUUCUCAGAACAGCUUUACUUCUUUGCGACUUUAAUAUGGAGGCAUCUAGUUGGUGGCGGUGCUAAAAAAGGAGGUCAAAACUCACAGGCCAAAAAGCCCUACAUCCCUGAUUACAAGCUGGCAUUUGAACACUUUUGUGUCCAUGCUGCCAGCAAGACAGUUCUUGAUGAGCUCCAAAGGAACCUCGAACUAAGCGAGAGAAACAUCGAGGCCUCGCGAGCCACAUUGCACCGCUUUGGUAACACUUCGAGCAGCAGCAUUUGGUACGAGUUGGCGUAUCUGGAGGCGAAGGAGAGGAUCAAGAGGGGCGAUCGCAUCUGGCAGCUGUCGUUCGGAUCAGGGUUCAAGUGCAACAGUGCUGUUUGGCGAUCGAUGAAGCGUGUGAGGAAGCCAUCUCAAAACAAUCCAUGGCUUGAUUGUGUUGAUAGGUACCCUCCUCCUCCUGCUCCAAGAGCUUUGUAAAGCUGGUGAAGAAAAAAAAAGAAGAAGGUUUAAAACGUUUGAUGAUUGAUGGCAUUGGAUUUCUUCAUUCCUUAAUUAGGUUUUGCUUUUUUUGGUUUAGUUUGAUGAUGUCUACACUUUCUUGAAACUUGAACAGUGAAAAUGUAGAAAUAUCACUUCAAUUAUAUUUGAAAAAUCAUACUACUGUGUAGUGUUGUGAUUCCUAUGUCUUUACUCUUUACACUCCCACUUGUGACUUCCUUGAUUAAUUAUGAAACAUGACUACCUAUUGUAUGAUAUUACACAUUGUAUUAUGGUAUUGUCUCCAUGCUUUAAUUAUAUAAUGCUUGGAGUUAGCUAAAGACUAAAUAUGAGGAAGUCCUAAAAGAAAAACCCAAGCUCAAUUACUCC